GAAAUAAGCCACGGUGACAAUUCCAAAGGGAACACACACACACAAAGAAAGGGGUUUUAGGGUUUCUGAAAAAAUGGCUGAUGAGGGAGGACAGAGGGCUAAGGGUACAGUGAAGUGGUUCAGUGACCAGAAAGGGUUUGGUUUCAUCACUCCCGACGAUGGUACUGAAGAUCUGUUUGUUCAUCAAUCUGGCAUCAGAUCUGAAGGUUUCCGCAGCCUAGCUGAAGGGGAGACCGUCGAGUACGAGGUGGAGUCUGGCGGUGACGGCCGGACUAAGGCUGUUGAUGUUACUGGACCUGAUGGAGCUCCUGUCACAGGAGGUUCUCGUAGCGGCGGCGGCGGCGGACGAGAUGGAGGUGGUUAUGGUGGCGGCGGUGGCUACGGAGGUGGUCGAGGAGGAAGCCGUGGUUAUGGUGGUGGUGACAGUGGCUACGGAGGUGGUAGCCGUGGUUAUGGAGGAGGCGGUGGCUACGGAGGUGGUGGUGGUGGUUAUGGCGGCGGUGGAGGAGGUGGCAGCGGCUGCUUCAAGUGUGGAGAGUCUGGUCACUUUGCUCGGGACUGCACUCAGGAUGGAGGCAGCGGCGGCGGUGGUGGUAGAUAUUCCGGUGGCGGAGGUGGUAGAUACUCCGGCGGUGGAGGCGGAGGAGGUGGUGGCGGCUGCUACAAAUGUGGUGAAGACGGGCAUUUCGCUCGUGAAUGCACCAGCGGUGGUCGUUGAUCUAUAUCUCUAUGUUUGCUUUUUUUGUUUGAAGUUGUUAUGUUUCCGGUGUUUAAUGACACCGUUCAUCUGGAUUGUCUCUAGUGUUGUUUGGAUAUUUUUAUUUUCUGCAGGUAGUAGUUAGUGUUGUCAGUCUAAUGCUUUUGGUAAUGGGGAGUCCUAUUUUUGUUGGUGCGUCAAUGAAUACUCUCUGUACAUGUCUGUCUACAUACAUGUUUUGGAAAGCAAUAUCAAUUAUUGAGCUGUUAAAA